ACCCUGGCUGUGGAUUUCUGCCUUCAGUCGGUGCCGAGGCGCACCGAGACACUCACGCACUGUCUCUGAUCCCCGGACGGACUCUUCAACCUGCCGUGCUCCCCUGCCGGCUCCUCUCCGCUGUCCGCAGCCUCCAGGUUUCCUGAGAGUGGUCACCUCUUGCCAGCUUUCACUAGAAACAGAAGAUUAGAGGAGGAAACGCUGGAGGGACACCAGGAAGUUCAGACUAUGCCAGGGCUAAAAGAACACCAACCCAUUCAGAAAGAGGAGCACUUUGCAGCGUAAUGUAGUUCUUUAUGACUUCCUCCAUGCAACAUUGCUUGGCUGAUUUCAUUGGCUGACUAUAGACUGAGGGACCAAUGGAGCAGGACGGGGAGGAUCUGAACCUCUCCUUUCUACUGGAACAUGAAAGAGAUAUGAUCCUGAAGGUGCUGCAGAAAGAUGAGAAAUUAAGGAAACGAGAGGAGAAGAGGAUACGGAAGCUAAAGAAUGAGCUGCUGGAGAUCAAACGAAAAGGUUCCCGUCGGCCCCAGGAGCUGGGGGAACGACAGUGCGCUCGCUGCCUGAAGACUUUGGGCCUGAUCUUCGACCGAGGAGAUCUCUGCAAGGAGUGUCAGCUGCGCGUCUGCAGCGACUGCCGCGUGAAAGCUCCCAACACACACCAGUGGAAGUGUAAUGUUUGUGCCAAGAUCUCGGAGCUGAAGGUGGUAACAGGAGAGUGGUUUCUGGAGGAGCGGUCCAAGCGCUUUGAGCAGGGAGUGCCGAGCAGUGACGUGAUCAAACAGACAAUCAUGAGUAGCCCCCCCACCACGGCAAAAAAGUCUACAGAAAACCUGUCAGCACCUUCUCAAUUAGAGAACCCAGACACCCCAAGAUCCAAAAGAAGUCCACUACUAAUAGCUGUGGAUGGUGCCAGGAGGAAAGGAAGGAUGAAGAUGGAUAAGAAAGGCAACCGAAACACCUUGAAGCCGGAGAACGGAGUCGACAGUGUCAGUGUCAAAUCUGCUUCGGAUGGAGAUGCUCAAAGCGUACGAAGUGUUCGCUCUGCACCGAGUCCACGUUCAAACAGGGGCGGUGCAGUGGCCUUGGAGUCCUCGGGGAUACCCACGAUUCCCAACAACCUGCGGUCCCAAACUCAGGAGAGAUCCCCUACUCCCAGCGACAACCGGAGGGUCAGGCCUGACGGAGCAGAGAGCACUGCCAGUUUACGCGACAGCGCAUCUGAGAAAAAGGCUGCCGGCCAUCACAGGACGAACUCAGGCACCCCGACCAUUUCUGUGUCCAGGGCCUCAGUUUCAUCAGAUCACAGUCGCUCAGAGAUGGACCUGUCAGCUCCUGGUUCUGAACCCAGUGACGACGCCUUCAGUCUCAGAAGCCAUUCCGUCCCCGGACUCAAUGAAAAAGAGUUUUCUGAUGAGGAUGCGGAGGAAGACAUCGAUGCCCUGAUGUCGGCCCACAGCAAUCCUGCCAGCCGACGCUUGAGCAACGCAGUGUCAACGUCUUCCACUCCCUGCUCAGAGAGAAGGUGGGGGUACCUCAAUGUCCCUGACUCGGAUGCUGAGACUAGUAGCAUAAACAGCAUGAUGAGCAUGUACAGCGAGACUGGUGACUAUGGCAACGCCAGGGUGAGCGGCGAGAUCCUGCUGAAAAUCAGCUACAGCUACAAAACCGGUGCUCUCAAUGUCCUGGUGAAAGAGUGUCACAACCUGGCAACAGGAGAUGAGAGGAGGCAACGCACAGACGCUUAUGUGAAGACUUACCUGCUGCCAGAUAUGUCACGACAGAGCAAGAGGAAGACAAGCAUCAAGGCCAACACCAUUAACCCCGUUUUCAAUGAGACUCUGAGGUACGUGAUCAGCCACUCGCAGCUGGAGACACGAACCCUGCAGGUCUCUGUGUGGCACCAUGACCGGUUUGGACACAACAGCUUCCUGGGAGAGGUGGAGCUGACCUUUGACUCCUGGGAGUUUGAUUCCCAAAUAGAGGACUGGUACGCUCUGCAGCCCAAGCUGGAGAGCAAUAUAGACUCCACAAUGCAGUAUAAAGGAGAACUGACUGUCGUGUUGAAGUACAUUCCUGCAGAGAAGAACCUCACGCUGCCUCUGGACCAAGUACAAGUGAAGAAAGGGUUCCUGAAAGGCAAGAAGACAAGCAGCUUUACUCUGCCCAAAGGGGGCAUGGUUGAGCUGCUGGUCAAAGGAGCCAAAAAUCUUACUGCUGUCAAGUCUGGAGGCACUUCUGAUCCUUUUGUGAAAGGAUACCUCCUGCCUGACAGCAACAAGUCAACCAAGCACAAGACAGUGGUGGAGCGACGCACUGUGAACCCACAGUGGAACCACACCUUCACCUAUUGUGGCCUGCAGCCAGGAGACCUCAACAACGUCUGCUUGGAGCUCACGGUCUGGGACAAAGAAGCUCUGGCCAGCAAUGUCUUCCUGGGAGGAGUCAGGCUUGGGGCUGGCACAGGCAAAAGCUACGGGAACGAGGUAGACUGGAUGGACUCCUACGGGGAGGAGCAGCGGCUGUGGCAACGUAUGAUUGAAAACCCAGAAAUCCCUCACGAGUGUACUCUGAUGCUGCGAUCCAGCAUGCGCAAGUGCAACACAUGAGGCGGACCAAAGCACAGACAGAGAGGAUAAAAGAGAAUAACAGAUGGAGAGGAGAAACAGAAAGAAGUGAUGUGAAGGCGAAGAGGUGGAGAAGUGGAACGGUCAGAAAAAAAACAUAAAAACAACAGCAAAGGGUCCAACACUCAUAAAGGAACAGAGACCGUCCCUCUCACUACUUCUUCUCCCCUGAGAUGCCCUGUUCAGAUCCCUGUUCCUGUCCAGAACAGCCAGUCAUGCCUUACACAAUCAUACACAUGUACCCCCUCCUGCCCUCCAAAGCAUCUAGUAUUGACCAAGCACUGCUGUUUACUGCUGUAUAUGAAAAACAUGUGUUGUAUGUAACUUACUGUAUCUACUGAAUAAGCACACGGUGUGACUCCUGAUCUGUCUGUCCUCGUCUCUGUGAUUCAUGUUCAUACAGAGUCACAUCUGCAUGUAGUUACAGCUGAUAGAGACUAUUUGUAAGGCGUUAGAUGAGGCACUGAUCAAUAAUGUAGAGACUUAGACAUUCCCUUUAUUAGCAACCAAGCUUUACCCUGGUCUGAAGCACACGAUGAUGCUGAGAUUCAUCUCCUUAUAAACAGUUGUGUACAGAGGUGGAAAGUGACUAGUGCUAUUCUUCUUACUCAAGUAGUAUGUUUACCUAACUUUAUUAUUGAAACAUUAUUGAUGAUCACUUGUGAGGAAACAAAAAUUAUUAUCAAUCAUCAGUUAAUAUCCGAUGCUUUCCAAAGUAGUCUUAUAUGCUUUCAUUUACAACACUUUAUGGGGGAAAAUAAUAAUUAAGCAAAAUGGAGUAUCCUCCUUCUUCUUAGGGUAAAAGUAUAAAUACUGAUUUUAGACCAUACAUUGAGCAUUUUUAGCCACACUAGCAGCUUCAUAAAGGUAAUGUCAGUCUUGUUUGGUCGCUGCACCCCUCUGGUCCAGACUGAAAUAUCUCAAAAUUACUGGAUAGACUGUACCGCCAUUUAUGGUUCCCAGUUGAUGAAUCCUAAUGACUUCGGCAAACCUUUUCUUCUUGCGCCAGUCACCUUGAGGUUCACAUUUAUGGUUUUGAAGUGAAAUGUCUUGACAGCUAUUGGAUGGAAAACAAAAUGUGUUGUUCUCCACAGAGUGAAUUGUAAAAACUUUGAGUCUCUGAUGUUUCUUUAGCGCCAUCAUCAAUACUUUGGUUUGCAUCCAAAAACCUGCAAAAUAAUGGCAAUCCAAUCAGCCUCAGCUGUAACUUAUGUUUAGUGCUAAUUAGCACAUUUUAGCAUGCUAACAGGCUAAACUAAGACGGUGGACACGGUAAACAUUAUACCUGCAAAACAUCAGCAAGUUAGUGCUGUUUUGUGAGCAUGUUAGCAUGCUGAUAUGUAGCAAUUCCACUCAAAGCUCCACUGUGGACAGCCUCACAGAGCCGUAGCAUGGCCAUAGACUCUUUGUGUUGUCUGAUAAAUGACAACCAGUUAAUUUAAAGCAAAAUUGUUGGUAAUUUUUGAUCGACUAACUGAUUAAUCAGCUCUCAGUUCUUAAAAAUUGCAUUUAAGCAGAAAAGAGAGUAGUUGUGGUUACUUUCCACCUUUGGUUGUCAGAAGAAAAAAAAAUCAAGAUUUCAUCAUAAUCAUAACACUGUAUCAGCGUGAUCAUAGAAACUGCAUGGUGUUAGAGAAAACAGAGGGAGAUGAACAAAAGAAAGUAAUAUGAAGCACUGAUAAUGACAUGACUUUAAGCUCAGACGGGAAAGUGUUCCCAGGAACCCUGAGACGAGGGCUGUGUGUUAUAGAGUGAGUCAGCGCUGAGACGAGCUGCCUUCAUCUCAGGGGGAGCCUAAUAAUGAGUCAGUGACAGUGACCUUGUCCCUGUCGCUCAGGGGCUCUGCGAUCCACCAUCCUGUGAUGAAUCACGCAGUUGAUAAUUCUCAACUUAAACCCUGUACAACCAUUUUUUCAUGUGGAAUGCCAGUUUUGUCUGCUUGUCCUUGGCAAACCCUCUGCUCCCAGAGACAAACAGUUUCACACUGCACAAUUAUAGUAAUAAUACAUGGUGUUCAACAUACUUUAGAUGAGAGGCUCGUGCAAUACCUGAUUACUGAAGAAACAUUUGAUGUACAGCAUGUACUAUCUCUGUUGUGUCUAGUUUCCAAGCAUCAAACUCACUGUAUUCAAGCCUAUUUUCUCCCAGAUGUGUUACAGGGAUAUUUUGAAAUAAAAGCAUCUUUCCAUA